AAUGUGGUUAAAUUGACUUGACCACGAGUUAAUUUAUAUCCGUAUCAAGUACACAAUAUAUAUUUUUAUAUUAUAAAACAAAAAUGUUUUGGAUGGAUUUUAUUAACGUGACAUGUUUUCCCUGAUCAAUUAUCAAUGUUAAGUAGUAAUGCAUUUGUGUACAUGUGUAUUGGGUAAUUCUAAACUAAGGCUGUUUGUAAAAAUAAGAAAGCGUUGUGGUAAAAGAUACGUUGUCUUCGAGGUCCGCCCUCAGGGCCAGUCGUGCGAGGCAGUCUUCCUUCUGAAAUCUUAUUCAAUGCGAACGGCGAUACUGAAGAAAGUUGAGCAGCUGUAUGGGGACUUUGGAGUGGCUGCCCUGAUGACAGGCUUUUCAGCCAAGUACUGCAACGCGCACACCGGAGUGGCCAUCGUGCGGGCUCGCCACGGCCCACACCGCCUGAUGGCCAGCUGCCUGCCGCUCGUCACGCACGUGGACAAGCACCUCGUGACCUUCCGGACCCUCUACACCGGGGCCACGCUGCACAGGUGCUUCGCUUUCCUGCAGGGUUACCAACUAAAGUACUUAAAUAAAUUGUACUUGACAUUGGAAACGGACCAAGAGAGGGAGGAAAUGAAGAAAGAGUUUCUGAACCUGAGGUGGUUUAAAAAAGAGCCGGUAAUAAUGUGAUGAAUAUCUUAUUUUUCUAAUUGUAUGUAAAAUAUUAUGUUACAUUAAAAUAUUGAAAGUUUGUAUGAAAUUGACUAAAUGAAAUAUUUUAUAUAAAAUUUUAAUUAAAGUUGGUUUAAUACUUAUUCAUCUUAAAUUACAUGCACAUUUUAGUACAAAAAAUAAACAAAACUAUUUUGUUAAACUAAAUGUGAUUACAGUGAAAGGUUGUUAAUACGGCACGUUGGGGAUUGUGGCCAUGCUGGGUUAGUAGAGAAAAGAUUUCAUGGAUUAAUUUUUGGACCAAUUUGGUUUUUAAAACAGGAUUCUGGUGUUAUUAUUUUUAUUUUUUUAUAAAAGCUGUUUUGUAAUACUUUCUCCACCAAAAUAAUGGCAAGAUUUAUUUGUUGAUUUUUUUAUGAUAAAAUUAUUUUUAAUAAAUCUUUUUAAAACACAUACUUUCGGAACAAUAAAAAUUAAUUAGGAAGCA